AUGGCAGGCACCAUCAGCAUUCUAUUGAAUAGGGGUGAUGGUACAUAUAAUCCUCAAGUAGUAUAUACAACUGGUGGCACUGCCUCACAUCCUGAGGGUGUGACAGCCUCUGAUCUUAAUGGCGACGGCAACCUUGAUAUUAUUGUAGCAAAUUAUGGUGCAAACAACAUCGGUAUUUUCAUGGGCACAGGUGUGGGCACAUAUGCUCCUCAAGUGGCUGUUGCAACUGGUGCUGGGUCAGGACCGCAAGCUGUUGCAGCCUCAGAUGUCAAUGGUGAUGGCAACGCCGAUAUUAUUGUAGCGAAUUUCGAUGGAAACAAAGUUAGUGUGUUUCUGGGCACAGGCCGUGGCACAUUUUCUCCUCAAGUAACCUAUCCAACUGACGCUGGUUCGAGACCAAGAUCUGUUGUAGUAGCUGAUCUUAAUAACGACAAUAAAGGCGACAUUAUUGUUGCAAACCGCGAAGGAAGCUACGUCGCUGUUUUCUUCAAUAAAGGUGAUGGCACAUUCUACCCUCAGGUGAAGUAUUCUACUGGUGCUGGAUCGUGGCCAAGGUCUGUGGUAGUAGCCGACGUGAAUGGUGAUGGCACACUCGAUGUUAUUGUUGCAAAUAGUCGUACAAAUAACGUCGGUAUUUUCCUCAAUAAAGGUGAUGGUACACUAGCUACUCAGACGACACUUCCAACUGAUCCAUUACCCAGAGCUGUUACAGUCGCAGAUAUAAAUGAUGACGGAAAAAUUGACAUUCUCUACAUAAGCAGCGCUAAUGACAACUUUGGUCUUUAUCGCAACACGGGGAAUGGUAUAUUUGUUCUGCAAGGACCCUAUGCAGUUGGUGCAGGCUCUUCACCAUAUGGGAUAGCAGCAGCUGAUCUUAAUGGCGACGGAAAAAUAGACAUUGUAGUCGGAAACCACGGUACAAACAAUGUUGGUGUAUUCAAGACUGCUUGCAAUUAA